ACUGAAGACAUGGUGCUUGUCCCUUUACAGGUGUAGCAACUGUGAUACUGUUGGUGACGUAAUCUACAAGGCUUAACAUCUACGGCAUGUUGCGAUGUCCAGUCAGACUCUUCUGUACAUGAAACUCGCAUUGUCUGUGUUGAUAGUCCUCUGUGCUGCGAUUGUCGGGUACCAUGUCUUCAUGAAACAAGACUACAUGGAGAAAUCUCUGAAACAAGUACCCACUGAGGUAACUCGUGACCCCGAUGACGUCAGAUUGUCUGGGGUCAUUCCUCGCAACAGCUCGACGGUUGAAAGGAAACUAAUCAAAGACAUUGACAAUGAGUCCAGAGAUAUCGAUACUGGUCAAGUUCGACGCAACGGAGUAAUCGAAGAGGAUGGAAUCGAUGAGCGCAUGAUAGAUUUGGUCACUGCGGAUCCAAGAGAACUCAUGAAUCGGACGGUAAUAGUGAAUGCGAUAUCGCAGAAUCAUUUGAAGGAAUCGAUGGGAAUGAUCGCCAGCGUGCAGGAAUUCCUGCCGAACACAAGAAUCGUAAUGUACAACCUUGGACUCAAUACAGUUGGUAUCCAACAGGUAAAACGGCUCUGCAACGUUGAACUCCGAAGCUUUAACUUUGCCAAGUACCCGCCGCAUGUAAGAAAUCUCCACACAUACGCAUGGAAACCUCUGAUCAUACAGGAGACCUUGGAUGAAUUUGGUGUCAUGUUUUGGUGCGAUGCAUCAGCACGUUUCCAGCAGGAUCCACUGGUCCUCUUCUCUCUGCUCAAGGAGCAACAAGGCUUCAUGAGACGAAUCAUGGAGUUCAAAUCCAACAAGAUGCUGGUAAGAACCCAUCCGAAGAUGUUCAAAGCCCUGGGCAUCGACAGGGAACAGUUCCGUGCAGAUGCCGGCUACGCAAUGUGCUUUGAGGCCAACCGACUGUUGUUUGUAAACAGCGCCCUCGUGCGGACAAAAAUAAUCGGACCCUGGGUGGACUGUGCGAUGAACAUGGCGUGCAUCGCCCCAAAAGGCAGUGUGCUAGCGCAAAACCAGAAAGGUCCUCAGCGGUACACGCAUCGCUUUGAUCAGGCCGCGCUUGCCCUGGUCGCGUAUAAGAACACGAGAGGUAUCUGGAAUGCGAACAACGACCGGUCAGAACUCUUCCACGAGGUGGUCGGGCUGUCGCGAUCUGCAGCUGGAUCUGAAAAGGCACAAUUCUGUAAAAGCUGAAAUGGGGUCGAACAGCAAAAUAAUUAUUCACUAUCCUUUCGGCCAAAAAAAAAGUCUCC